AUGGAAGUUUCUCUUGCUCAGUACAUUGCUCUUCCAGUGGUUACACUUCUUAUAGGAUGGUUAGUACACUGGGUAUACAAAUGGAUUAACCCCACAUGCAAUGGGAUUCUUCCGCCUGGCUCCAUGGGGUUCCCUGUUAUCGGCGAGACCUUCCAGUUCAUCAAGGCAAACUCUUCCUUGGACAUCCCAGACUACUUCAAAAUACGGAUGAGGAGAUACGGUCCUGUUUUCAAAACAAGCUUGUUCGGUCAGCCUGCGGUGUUCACUUGCGAUGCAGAGGUAAACCGGUUCAUCCUUAAGGAGGAGGGCAACGUGUUCCAGAUCGGGUACCCUGAGGCGGUGCGCAAAAUCUUCGGCGGCAAGAGCAUUGACGCAUUCAGGGGUGCAACCCAGAAGUUCAUCCGCAGGUUUUGUUUCACGAUGUUCGGCCUCGAGAACCUGAAAGAGGUGCUUCUUCCUGAGCUGGAGGGUGCCGUGAGAGAGUGCCUUGCAACGUGGGCCACCAAGCCUAGUGUCGACGUGCGCGGUGGCGCGCCAGAUAUUCUCUUUGAGCUCAUGACUAAGAAGUUCCUUAGUUUUGACGCGGCUAAGUCGACGGAACUGAGAAAGAACAUCGAUACACUUUCCAAGGGAUUGCUCUCCUUCCCAAUAUACUUCCCUGGGACAGCAUUUUACCGAUCGAUGAAGGCAUGGAAAAAUGUGCGCAAGACAAUCCGUGAUAUACUGACAGAGAGGUUGCGAACACCUGAUAAGAAACAUGGUGACAUGCUAGACCUGAUUGUGGAACAACUACAUUGUGAAGAGCCGUUGAUAAAUGAGAAUUUUGCUGUUGAUAUGGUUUCCACGUUAUUAUUCGCUGGCAUCUAUACACUGGCUGCAAUCAUUGCUAUAACAUUCAAGUCCCUACAUGAUAACCCUGAAGUUGUCCGUGCUCUCAAGGAGGAGAACCAAGCGAUACUGAAGAACCGGAAGGAUGGUAAUUCUAGGCUCACAUGGGAAGAGUGCAAGUCACUGAGAUUUACUACUCAGGUUACCAAUGAGAUUUUUCGAAUAAGCAAUGCUGCCAUAGGAGUUUUCCGGACAACUCUAAUGGACGCACAAGUAAAUGGUUAUACAAUUCCGGCUGGAUGGAUUGUCAUAGUGAACCCCAUGGCACUACAUCUCAAUGCGGAAGUGUUUGAAGAUCCACUCAAGUUUAACCCAUGGAGAUGGAUGGAUGAGACAAAACGUAGCACACUGCUUAAGAACUUUAUGCCAUUCGGAGCAGGCAUGAGGGUGUGUCCUGGAGCAGAAUAUAGCAAGGCUGUAGUAACACUUCUCAUCCAUGUUUUGGUGACUGAGUACAUAUGGGAGGAAAUCAAAGGCGGAGAUGUAUUCCGUAGCACAGAUGUGAUGUUUCCCAAGGGCUAUCACAUCCGACUUCAACCAAUCACGUAGGCAAAAGGAACUAGUGUUAGUCUAGAGAAAAA